AUCGCGAGAGGUUGUUGGUAGACUUCCAAAUCUUGUGUUUCUUUUUAGCUGAUGAAGACGUGGAUGUGACUAAUAUUUUUUUGAAUUUAUUUAGCAAUAUUUUAUUUGAAGUUAAGUUCAAACCAAGACACGUUUAAAGUCUCUUUAAAGAGGUGACCCUUGUUUCAAGAAUGUCGGACAGCGAGGACAGCGACUUCUCUGACAACCAGAGUGAACAAAGCAGCGAAGCUGAAGAGGUUGACAAAAAUGAGGCAGAGGACGAUGGGCAGGCAAGUUUAUCUGGCAGUGAUAAGGCAGCUGAAGAGGAAGGGGAAGACCUAGCAGAUGAGGAGGAAUAUGAUGAUGAAGAGGAAGAGGAUGAUGAUGAUCGUCCCCGAAAGAAACCGAGGCAUGGAGGUUUUAUCUUGGAUGAAGCCGAUGUUGAUGAUGAAGAUGAAGAUGAAGAAGAACCAUGGGAAGACGGCGCUGAAGAUAUUUUGGAGAAAGUUAACGAGGAGGCUGAGGUUUCCAACAUUGACCAUGUGGUCCUGGAUGAGGACAACUCUGGUUCCCGCAGGCUUCAGAACCUCUGGCGAGAUUCCAGAGAGGAGGCCUUGGGUGAAUAUUACAUGAGGAAGUAUGCUAAGCAGUCAGGAAAUGAUUUUCCUGGUGGUUCUGAAGAACUUUCUGAUGACAUCACACAACAGCAGCUUCUCCCUGGCGUUAAGGAUCCUAAUCUUUGGACUGUGAAGUGUAAGAUUGGCGAAGAGAGAGCAACUGCCAUUGCCUUGAUGAGGAAAUUCAUUGCCUAUCAAUUCACAGACACGCCACUCCAAAUCAAGUCGGUAGUGGCUCCUGAACAUGUCAAAGGUUACAUCUAUGUUGAGUCGUACAAGCAGACUCAUGUCAAGGCUGCCAUUGAGGGAGUGGGCAACCUGAGGAUGGGCUUCUGGAACCAGCAGAUGGUUCCUAUUAAGGAGAUGACAGACGUCCUCAAGGUGGUCAAAGAGGUGACCAACCUCAAGCCCAAGUCAUGGGUCCGACUCAAGAGAGGCCUCUAUAAAGAUGACAUUGCCCAGGUGGACUAUGUGGAGCCCAGUCAGAACACAAUAUCACUGAAGAUGAUCCCUAGGAUAGAUUUAGACCGAAUCAAGGCCCGGAUGAGCAUGAAAGACUGGUUUGCAAAGCGGAAGAAGUUCAAGAGACCAGCCCAGAGGCUCUUUGAUGCAGAAAAGAUCAGGUCUCUUGGUGGGGAUGUUAGCCAUGAUGGAGACUUCAUGAUAUUUGAAGCUAACCGCUACAGUCGCAAAGGUUUCCUUUUCAAAAGCUUUGCCAUGUCUGCUGUGAUCACUGAAGGAGUUAAGCCCACACUGUCAGAGCUGGAGAAAUUUGAGGACCAGCCAGAAGGCAUUGAUCUAGAGGUGGUUACGGAAACUGCAGGUAAGGAGCGUGAGCACAACCUCCAAGCUGGGGACAAUGUGGAGGUGUGUGAGGGCGAGCUGAUCAACUUGCAGGGCAAGAUCCUGAGUGUUGACGGCAACAAGAUCACCAUCAUGCCAAAACAUGAGGACCUCAAGGAUCCUUUGGAGUUCCCGGCCCAUGAGUUGAGGAAGUACUUUCGUAUGGGUGACCAUGUCAAGGUCAUCGCAGGCCGCUACGAGGGCGACACCGGUCUCAUUGUACGGGUGGAGGAGAACUUUGUCAUCCUCUUUUCGGAUCUCACCAUGCACGAGUUGAAGGUCCUGCCUCGGGACUUGCAGCUGUGCUCUGAGACGGCAUCAGGGGUUGAUGCCGGCGGGCAGCACGAGUGGGGAGAGCUCGUCCAACUGGAUCCUCAGACCGUUGGAGUCAUCGUCCGGCUGGAGAGGGAGACUUUCCAGGUUCUCAACAUGCACGGCAAAGUGCUGACAGUGCGUCACCAAGGGGUGAAUCGGCGAAAAGACAACCGCUUCGCCGUGGCUCUGGAUUCGGAGCAGAACAACAUCCAUGUCAAAGACAUUGUCAAAGUCAUUGACGGGCCACACUCUGGUCGUGAGGGAGAGAUCCGCCACCUUUUCCGUGGCUUUGCCUUCUUGCACUGUAAGAAGCUAGUGGAGAACGGAGGCAUGUUUGUCUGCAAGACGCGCCAUGUGGUUCUGGCUGGGGGGUCAAAGCCCAGAGACGUUACAAACUUCACAGUUGGAGGCUUUGCCCCGAUGAGUCCUCGUAUCAGCAGCCCCAUGCACCCUGGAGGUGGAGGUGGCCAGCAGCAGAGAGGCGGAGGAGGUGGAGGAGGAGGAGGGGGUAUGGGCCGUGGCCGGGGGAGGAGAGACAACGACCUGAUUGGACAGACAGUCCGCAUCUCCCAGGGACCCUACAAGGGCUACAUUGGAGUAGUAAAGGAUGCCACGGAGUCGACCGCCAGAGUGGAGCUUCACUCAACCUGCCAGACCAUCUCGGUGGACCGACAGCGUCUCACUACAAUGGGAGCCAAGAGGCAUGGCGGAAUGACCUCCACACACGGACGUACCCCCAUGUACGGCUCCCAGACCCCGAUGUACGGGACAGGCUCCCGUACCCCGAUGUACGGCUCCCAGACGCCCCUACACGACGGGAGCCGUACACCGCACUACGGCUCGCAGACCCCGCUGCAUGAUGGGAGCAGGACGCCGGGGCAGAGUGGAGCGUGGGACCCCAACAACCCGAACACUCCUUCCAGGGCUGACGAUGACUAUGAGUUUGGUUAUGAUGACGAGCCUUCCCCCUCCCCCCAGGGCUACGGGGGCACGCCUAACCCCCAAACACCUGGUUACCCAGAGGUGCCCUCACCCCAGGUCAACCCCCAGUACAACCCCCAGACUCCAGGCACCCCAGCCAUGUACAACACGGAACAGUACUCGCCGUAUGCGGCCCCGUCCCCGCAGGGCUCGUACCAGCCCAGCCCCAGCCCCCAGAGCUACCACCAGGUGGCCCCCAGCCCAGUGGGCUACCAGAACACACACUCACCAGCCAGCUACCACCCCACGCCCUCACCCAUGGCGUACCAGGCAAGUCCAAGUCCCAGCCCGGUAGGCUACAGCCCCAUGACCCCUGGCGCCCCCUCCCCAGGCGGCUACAACCCACACACACCCGGCUCCAACAUCGACCAAACCUCCUGCGACUGGGUCACUACCGACAUCCUGGUGCGUGUUAAAGACACCUUCCUGGACAGCCAGGUGGUCAACCAGACUGGCGUCAUCCGCAGUGUUACGGGCGGCAUGUGCUCUGUGUUCCUCCAGGACACGGAGAAAGUGGUGAGCAUUUCCAGUGAACACCUGGAGCCUGUAACCCCCACUAAGAACAACAAGGUGAAGGUGAUUCUAGGUGAGGAUCGUGAGGCCACAGGGAUCCUGCUGAGUAUUGACGGGGACGAUGGCAUUGUCAGGAUGGAGCUGGAUGACCAGCUCAAGAUCCUCAACCUCCGCUUCCUGGGCAGGCUGGAGCUCUGAGUCAUCACACCCUAACCCUAUGCCACACGGCAGCGUCAAUCACAAAACUAGCAGAAUAUGCCCCCAUGUUGGCUUUCAGAUAUUUAAUUGGCAGUUUAAUUUCAGUUAGUUGUACCCCUAGUGUUUUUGUGCUUUCUGUUUGUAAUUUCAGUCCAUGCUUUGUUAUUUUGGUGAAGAAACCUUUGUGUCUAAGAACUUAUGAUGUCAAUAAAAUGUGAACCGUU